CCCCCCCCCCCCCCCCCCGCCGCGGUGUGUGCAGGGAGGGAGCAGCCGGGGGCUCGGCGGAGGCAGCGGCGGCAGCGGCGUCUCUAUCCGGCUCCUCCUCCCGGUUCCCUCCAUCCAUCUGCCGUGGCCAUGGCCCGUCGCGGGAGCACAAAGGAGCCCCCGGGUUGGAGGUCAGCGCGGCUCCUGCUCUUCCUCGUCAGUGUAGGCGGAAAUGGUGCUCUUGCAGAACAUUCUGAAAAUGUGCAUAUUUCAGGAGUGUCAACUGCUUGUGGAGAGACUCCAGAACAAAUUAGAGGACCAAGCGGGAUAAUCACAAGUCCAGGGUGGCCUUUUGAAUAUCCUGCCAGAAUCAACUGUAGCUGGUAUAUACGGGCAAACCCAGGGGAAAUCAUUACUAUAAGUUUUCAGGAUUUUGAUAUUCAGGGAUCAAGGCGAUGCAAUUUGGACUGGUUAACGAUAGAAGCUUUCAAGAAUGUUGAAAGUUACAGAGCCUGUGGCUCCACCAUUCCACCACCAUACAUUUCUUCACAGGACCAUGUUUGGAUCAAAUUUCAUUCUGAUGACAGCAUCUCUAGGAAAGGAUUCAGACUGGCAUAUUUUUCAGGAAAAUCUGAUGAACCAAAUUGUGCAUGUGAUCAAUUUCGUUGUGGUAAUGGAAAAUGCAUUCCCGAAACUUGGAAAUGUAAUAACAUGGAUGAAUGCGGAGACAAUUCUGAUGAAGAGAUAUGUGCCAAAGAAGCUGACCCUCCAACGGCUUCCUCUUUUCAACCCUGUGCUUACAACCAAUUCCAAUGCCUAUCUCGAUUUACCAAAGUUUACACUUGUCUUCCUGAAUCCUUAAAAUGUGAUGGGAACAUUGACUGUCUUGACCUGGGAGAUGAAAUAGACUGUGACGUACAAACAUGUGGACAGUGGCUAAAAUACUUUUAUGGUACUUUUAAUUCUCCCAAUUAUCCAGACUUUUAUCCUCCAGGAAGCAAUUGCACCUGGCUAAUAGACACUGGUGAUCAUCGCAAAGUAAUUUUGCGCUUCACUGACUUUAAGCUUGAUGGUACUGGUUAUGGCGAUUAUGUCAAAAUAUAUGAUGGAUUAGAAGAAAAUCCACACAAGCUUUUACGUGUAUUAACUGCUUUUGACUCUCAUGCACCUCUUACAGUUGUUUCUUCUUCUGGGCAGAUAAGAGUGCAUUUUUGUGCUGAUAAAGUGAAUGCUGCCAGGGGUUUUAAUGCUACUUAUCAAGUAGAUGGCUUCUGCUUGCCCUGGGAAAUACCCUGUGGGGGUAAUUGGGGUUGUUAUACUGAGCAGCAGCGUUGUGAUGGGUACUGGCAUUGCCCAAAUGGAAGGGAUGAAAUCAAUUGUACCAUGUGCCAAAAAGAAGAAUUUCCCUGUUCAAGAAAUGGUGUCUGUUAUCCUCGCUCUGACCGCUGCAACUACCAGAAUCACUGCCCCAAUGGCUCUGAUGAAAAAAACUGCUUUUUUUGCCAGCCCGGAAAUUUUCAUUGCAAAAAUAACCGAUGUGUGUUUGAAAGCUGGGUAUGUGAUUCUCAAGAUGACUGUGGUGAUGGUAGUGAUGAGGAGAACUGUCCAGUAAUUGUGCCUACCAGAGUAAUAACAGCAGCAGUCAUUGGGAGUCUCAUCUGUGGACUGUUACUCGUCAUUGCAUUGGGGUGUACUUGUAAGCUCUACUCUUUAAGAAUGUUUGAACGAAGAUCAUUUGAAACACAGUUGUCAAGAGUUGAAGCAGAAUUACUAAGAAGAGAAGCUCCUCCUUCUUAUGGACAAUUGAUAGCCCAAGGAUUGAUUCCCCCAGUUGAAGAUUUCCCUGUUUGUUCACCUAACCAGGCUUCAGUUUUGGAAAACCUAAGGCUAGCUGUGCGAUCUCAGCUUGGAUUUACCUCAAUCAGGCUCCCAAUAGCAGGCAGAUCCAGCAACAUUUGGAAUCGUAUUUUUAAUUUUGCAAGAUCACGUCAUUCAGGAUCGCUAGCUCUGGUCUCAGCAGAUGGAGAUGAUGUUCCUAGUCAAAAUUCUAGUAGAGAAUCUGAAAGGAAUACUGCUCAUAGAAACCUCUUCUCAGUUGAGUCUGAUGACACAGACACAGAGAAUGAGAGAAGAGAUGCUGCUGGAGCAGUUGGUGGAGUCGCAGCCCCUUUGCCUCAGAAGGUGCCUCCCACAACAGCCAUAGAAGCAGCAGUAGGAGCAUGUGGAAAUUCCUCAAGUCAGAGUGCCCGCAGUGGCAGCACAGAUAAUGGAAGGGAAGCAACCAGUGCCGAGCCUCCAAGUGUGAGUCCAGCUCGCCAUCAGCUCACUAGUGCACUAAGCCGAGUGACUCAAGGCUUACGCUGGGUGCGCUUUACAUUAGGGAGAUCAAGCUCUGUCAGUCAGAACCAGAGUCCUUUGAGACAGCUUGAUAAUGGGGUGAGUGGCAGAGAAGACGAUGAUGAUGUUGAAAUGCUCAUUCCUGUUUCUGAUGCAGCAUCAGACUUUGAUGUGAAUGACUGUUCCAGACCUCUUCUUGAUCUUGCUUCAGAUCAAGGACAAGGGCUUAGACAACCUUACAGUGCAACGCACCAUGGAGUAAGGCCUUGUAAUCGAGAUGGUCCUUGUGAGCACUGUGGUAUUGUUCACACUGCCCAGAUACCUGACUCAUGCUUAGAACCAGUACUAAAAAGCGAAACAAGUGACGAUGAGGCUUUGUUACUUUGUUAGGUACGAUUUGAAUAGGGAAGAUUGUAUACAAGUUGGAGCAAUAUCCAGUCAUUGUUUUGUACUUUACAGUUAAGAAAACUAGUUUUAGUUUAAAAAAAAAAAAAGUCCAGGGCAAAUUCAUAUUCUGAUGUGUUAGCCUGCAUGGUUCAAUAAACACUUCCAACUCUAUGAACUGCUAGAGUGAACAUUUUAGCAGCUACAAAUACAUCAUGUGUCCAUACUGUUAAGUAACCAAUGUCCAUCCCAUUAGUUUAUAAUUUGUUUAUCCUGGUACUGUAGUUCACAGUAGAAAUGUGGCUGCUGGAAACUCAUUUGACUGUCAGGUUAUUUAUCCUAUGUUAAGAGAUUUAUUUGUACAGAGUGAUAUUUUUCCUUAGAAACUAAAUCUGUUGUGUUAUUGCCAACACAUACCCUGUAACUUAAUAUACUAAAUGCUGUUAUAGUUGUUAAUGUGCAAAAAUUCACAUUUUUUUCCUUAUUUUUGACUUACAGAACAUUUGUCUAAAUAUUCUUGAAUUUCAUCUUAAUAAUAUGAACUUAUCAGAGGGAGGAAAAAUUUCUCUAAAUCUUUUUUCUUAAGUUAAACAUGCAGUGGUGUGUGAAAUUUAGGUAUACUUAGAUAAACUGAUGGCAAAUACAAAAUCCUUUUAUAGAUUUUAUAACAUUGACUUUAAUACAGUACUCUCUAACAUGGUACAAACCAAAUGGUAUGUAAAAUCCCAAGUCAUUUUUCUUCAUCUCUGUAUGGGGACAGAAUAAAGUGGCCGAAGAUAUUCUACUAUGCAUUAAUUCUUGAACUUUAUAAAAUAUGUACAAAUACUGUACGAGAUAAGUUACAGCUGGUAAUGUCUUUCCCUGGUAUAUACGGGGUCUGCUUGUAUUGGACCGAAGGGAUUUGCACUAAAAUCAUAUCAAGGUCUCAAAUGAGCUUAGUGCACAAGCACUAUCACUUUAAAUACUAUUAUUCGCUAAUACUGCAAUGAAUAUAUAUUUCCAUAGCUCUUUUCUUGGGGUGUUGCAUUUUUAUUACAAUUUAAAUUGCUUUGCUGGUUCUCUAUUUAUUUAUUGUAUUUAAAGACUGAAUUAUCUGGUUGUAAGAAAAAUGGGUUUUUCAGUAUAUGUUUUUCGUUUGGGGAGCAGGGUUUUGUAAUUUUCUUAUUGGAGAAAAAUAAGUGGGAAAAUCAGUGUUUCAAAUUUUGUGAUAAGAAGGUUGGUACGGCUACUAGAGUAUAAGAGAUUACAAGACCCUACAUCCUUUUUUUAAUUGUCAACUACUGUUUAUUUAUUCUUUGCCAAUCUGUUUUAGUAGCUUAAUGAUUCAGUAUGAAAAAAUGUAUUUGUGUGUGACUAUGCUAUUUAUUAAAUUUUAAAUACUUUGCUGAAUGUCAUUUUAAAGCAUGUUUAAGGUCUUGUGCAUUUGUCGUGUUAUGCUGUCAGGCAGAACUGACUAAAAUGUUUUAAUAUGUAUCAAAAUUAAAAUGACUUUUUGUUAUGCCUUGAGGUACUUUUUAAAUCAAAAUUGUUCUUUGUUUUUGCUUAGAAUUGGUGCACACAAAAGUAUAAUCUGUAAAAUGCACAAUUUGCCUAGAAGAAAAAUUAAAUUGAAUGGCCAUUUCCCUCUAAUUCACAUAAAUAUUAAGUCAAAAAUAUAGUGAGAUUUAGUACAAUUGAUGGACUAGAAUAUUCCCUCAAAACAUAACUACAUUCAUUUAAAGUUUGGUUAGUCUAUAAUAUAGUUAUCAGUCCUAACAUUCAAUUUCAGGUGUAAAGAAGCGACACCUUAUUUCAGUCUAAUAAACAGCUGUUUGCCCCACAAAAAGUUGACAGCAAAACUACAUACUUAAAUUUAGCAAAUAAAAUAAUAAAAUAUUUUAAGUUAAUUGUUUUUAUACCAUCACUGACUAGUUAUGGUUACUACUAUUCAUACUUAUUAUUCAUAUAGAUGAAUAUUUUACAUAUAUUAUACAUAUUCAUCAAUGCUGAUUGUACUGAUAGUAGUCUUCUAAAUAGUUCACCCUGAAAUAAAGUGGAGAGAGCUAGUGCAAUUAGGUGGUACCAUCACAACUCAUAGAAGAAUCAAUACAGCUUGAUUUAUACAAGGCAGCCUGGAAAUAGACAGGGCAAUGAGAGAACUAAUCCUGAUGUAGAAAGGCUCUUACUUUACCUCUAUGUGAAUGGACGAAGUUGGACUUUUUUAGAAAAGCAGCAGUACUUUAAAAGUUUAAAGGACAACAGCUACUUUAUAAUGAGGCUUUAAAAGGCAGCACAUAGUUGAGGUCACUCCCUCACUUAAAGUUGAUGGAAGAAUUGCCUUGAUUUCCACAGCUUAUAUUUAAGGGUGCAUAAGGGUGUGGAUUUUGCCCUAAGAAAAUGCAAUAUGCGUAUGUGUUUAUACAUAAUAGAUUUAGAGCUAAAUAUUGACAGAGAUCAUUGAACCCAUACACCUCAUUUUGGGGGGAAGGAGACUUAAGAUGCAAAGAAAUUAAGUCCAAGUUCAUACAAACAGUAAAUGGAACAAGGCUUUGAAUCUAGGACUUCCGACUUCCAUGCUCAUCCCAUGACAAGUUGCCUCCCAGUUUCUGAUGUAAUUUUUUUCAGAUGUCAUUUUAGUAUUUUUGUAUUAUGGCUUUUGUGUUUUAAUAAAACAAACCAAAAAUCUUAACUUUUUAAAGGAAUCUGAUGGGGAAAAGGUGCCUUCUCACUGAGUUGUAUUCAUGUGUGGGGCCAGACCUUUUCCUAUGUAUAACAAUGAGUUUCAGAGAAAGUGCUGAUAUACAAUGGUUAAAAAAAAAAGUUUCCUUAAAUGGGAAUUCCCUGUACUAGUGAAAUCAGAGCUCCAUUUUCUAUUCUUAAACUUCUUAAAGUGAAACAGCUUUGAGAAGUGUUAUUAUCAAUAGUUGAAACAGAAUGACAAGCUUAAACUGAAUGUGUUUUUGUAUUUAUGCUAAAAUUUAAAAGCACUAUUACUAACAUAUGCAUAUAUAUGUUUAGUUUAAAAUUGAAUAUAUAUGAAUUUCACAUAUAUAUAGUUAUAGUUAUUUUAUAUGGGGAGGUUUCUAUAAUAAGAAGACUCAGGUAAUUAAAAUUACUGGUAUUAAAAAAAUUAUGGAUAACAAUGUGUGGUAGCUUGAGAAAAAGAUUAGAAGCCUAAUUGGUUUUGGCCCCACUGUCUGUAGCUCUAAUACAAGGAGUUUAAUUUAGUCAUGCAUGGCACUAAUCAUUUACAUAUUUAGGAAAAUUACUAGUGAUAACUGCCAAGACUGAUGGUCUUUUCUCAGUUCUCAUCCUUCUCAAUCGAUUGGCUGCCUUUGACUCUGUUGACCACCUUCUCUUUCUAUCUGCUCCGGGACACUGGAUUUACAUAAUAUUGCUCUCAUGUUUCUCUUACUUGACUGCUCCUUUGCUGACUUGUCAUCCAUAUGAAGUCCCUUAACUCUGGGUGUUCCCCAGAUUUUUGUACUAAGUUCUCCCUCUACACACUCUCUCCAGAUAACUUCAUGAAUUCCCAAGAAAAUGAGUUCCAUGCAAAUAACAUUUAAUAUAAUGAUAUGUAUAUAUGUGCAUUACAUGUACACACACAUAAGCAUGCAUACAUGGAUAAUAAAGUCAUAGCAAGCUUCAGCUUAAAAUCACUAAAACCUUUUGAGACACUCUGUGUAUAUCUACUCCCAAUCUCCACUGGUUUCUAUCUAUAUUAACCCUGCAAACUGGAUGUUCCAGAGAUAUUCAGUCUUAAACCCGAAUCUGUCAAAAAUUGACCAUAGACUCGACUGUCUUCCAGACUUCCCAGACACUACCACCACCAUGAUGCAUUCCCUCAUCAUCUCCCAUCUAGACUAUAGUGUCCAGAUUGGUUCUUCCUGCCUCUAGUCUCUCCCCAUUCCCAGACCAUUUGCUAUUCAGCAGUCUAACAUCUUCCUGAAGAACAAAUUCCUUUAUUCAGCUAAUUCCAGUGAUUCCCUGUUGCCUGUAGGAUCAAAUAUAAAAUCAUCUGACUUUUUAAUUUUAAACCUGUCACCUUCCUCCUACCUUUUAGUGAUUUGACAUGUUAUUCCCUUCCAUGUAGUCUAUGAUCCAAUAAUACUGUCUUUGAUCUUCCUUGUACAUAACACUCAAUCUCCCAAAUCUGAACGUUUUCACUGAAUGUCCCCCAUGCCUGGAACUCUUUCUUUUUUUGUCUUGGCCUCUUAGCUCUGCCGCCUUCCUUCAAGUUUCAGCUAAAGUCUCACUUUCUGCAGGAAGCCUUUCCCAGUCCUCAAUCUCAAUGCUUUCCCUCUGAGAUUACCUCCCCCCUCCCAUUUAUUCUGUAUAUAUCUUGUUCAUGCAUAAUUAAUUGUGUGUUGUCUACUCCCAUUUGACUGUGAGCCUCUUGAGAGCAGGGUGUGUUUUUUGCCUUUCUUUUUAUCCCCAGCACUUAGCACAAUUCCUGGCACAUAAAAGGACUAAAUAAAUGCUAGUUGAUAGAUUAAUUCCCUAUUUCUGGCACUACCGUCCUUCCAGUCUCCCAGGUUCAUGAUCUUAACAUUAUCCUGGACUCCUCCCUUUCCUUUACCCUGAACAAUCAGUUUCCAGAUCUUGUCUUUUCUAUCUUCACAAUAUCUCUCAUAUCUCUUCAUGCCACUCAUAUAGCUAUCACCAUACCUCAGGCCCUUAUCACUUCUCACUUAGAAGUGGACCACCUCUUAAUUCUCUUCCCACUCCAUUUCAUCCUCCACACAGCUGUGAAAAUAAUUUCCUUAAAUGUAAAUCUUAAUCAUGUGGCUCCCCUACUCAGCCAACUCCAGUGGCUCUAUGGUAAAAUGUAAACUUUUGUGUUUAACUUUUAAAGCCCUAUACAACCUAGCCCCAAACUGUCGAGCUACAUGGGGUAUUACUUCCUAAUCUUAAACUCUGUCAUUUAACUCUGUUCCUCACAUAUGACACUCCUUCUUCCUUUACCUUGACCAUCCCAUAUGCCUAGAAUAUAUUCCUUUCUUAACUCCAAUUCAUAGAGGCAGCUAAUUGACACAAUAGAUAGACUAUCAAACCCACAGUCAAGAAGACCUGAGUUCAAAUUUUACCUCAAGUAUUUACAAGCUGUGUGACUAUGGGCAAGUCAUUUAAAUUCUAUCUGCCUUGAUUUCCUCUUUUCUAAAAUGGAAAUAAUAGCACCUCCCUCCCAGGGUUGUUGUAAGGAUAAAAUGAAAUAAUAUUUGUAAAGCCUCUUUAAGACAACUCAAGCAUCAUCUUCUGCAUGAAGCCUUUCCUAAUCCCUGUCCCUCCCCCAAAGUAUUAGUGGAAUCCUUCCCAAACUACCUUAUAUUUAGCUAAUUUGCAUGUAAUUAUAUUUAUUCACUUUAUAUUUGUGGUGUAUAUGUUACAGAUGUGCUUAUAAGUAACCCUUAUUAGAAUAUAAGCUCCCUAAAAGGAAGAAUUGUUUCAUUCCUUGUAAACAAGGUGCCCAGCACAGUGCCUGGAAUAUAGUAAUUGUUGAGUAUUGAUUGGCAAAACAGUUUUAGGCCUACACAAUUGUUGCUACAAUUUGCCAAACUAGUAUUGAAUAGAGUACCUACUAAGUGAAAGAUAAUGUCAAUAAUAGCAAGAAGUAUAAACAAAUCUCCUUCCUGAGGGAGAUUACAAUUGCUUCAGUCUCCAUGACUGUGACUUUCCCUGUUCAUUUUUCAUUUCCAGUAAUGGAAAAAAAAAAACUUCAGUUGAUGAAAUUGCUUUGAUAAGAAUGUCAGUCUUUUAUCUUUUUCGUGUUUGUAUCUCUAUAAAAUGGGAAGCCUCCCUGACUUCCUUUCUCACAAGGACCCUAUAAGAAUGAAAGAAAUGCUUUUUGAUAUGUCAACCAGCUCACCUUGUUUUGACAAUUCAGGGGGGCCUAUGUACCUGCUGCUAGACAGAUUGUGAAAAAUCCCUUCCAGGGCUAAAAAUAGGAAGCCUGAAUUUUCCUAUAGUAGUUAGAUCUCACCACACCCCGUGGGGAUUUCCACCAGCCAACCUACCUAAAAAACUUAACAAAUGCAUCUGUUCAAUUAACCAAAAAAUGUUAGUUGCCUAGGACAGGUGGGCUGGGUAAAUCUUUCCAUCUAUGACUUAAUACCUUAGUUGUCUUUUCUAUCUGAUGAUCCUGAAGCUCUUUCAUACAAUCAGAAUGUUUAGAGCUUUAUCCCCACUUAGUUUAUUGUGUGGUGAUGUCAGGUUCUGUUUUUGCACAGUAUACAUGUGCUUAUCUAAUCCCAUUCAGAUGUUUAUGACAGGUUUUGCUCAUUCUAGGCCAACCUCUUUCACAAUCACUCAUUAUUUUUUCAUAAAUCAGUUAGAAUUGCUUAACCAUCUAACAUCCAUGUAAAAGUACUGUACGUAUGGUUGCUUAUAACAUUUUGUAUUUGUUUUUGUUUUGUUUUAGUGAGGCAAUUGGGGUUAAGUGACUUGCCCAGGGUCACACAGCUAGUAAGUGUUUAGUGUCUGAGGCCGGAUUUGAACUCAGGUACUCCUGACUCCAAGACCGGUGCCCUAUCCACUGCGCCACCUAGCUGCCCCUAUAAGAUUUCAUUGAAUGUCUAUCUGUAGUGUUCAGAAGGAAACACAACAAAAGAGCUAUUCAUUAGUUAUUCCCAUGAAAACCAAGAUUUCUAUUUUCUAGCCAAGUAGAUGGUAGUAGUCAUUUCUUGAAUAUUAGCGAUUAAAUGAACCUGAAAUAUCCCAAAUCCUUUAUUUUUAGUUAAGGGACCUAAGGUUGUCACUUCCUCAAGUUCACCCAUCUAGUUAAUAACAGAGUAAGGACACAAGGCUAGAUCUCCUGACUUCCUGUCAUUUCAAUUUACCUAAUAAUAGAUCAUUAGAUCAUAUGAAAACUACCAGUUUUCCCCAGUUAAGUUGUUGGAGCUUUUCAAUUUAAAUUUAACCAUGAAAAAAGUAAGUGUAAUUAGUAAUCGUCUUCAGAUUUACACACUAUUACAAUCAAUGUAUAAGUAAAGCUUGUGUACAUUGGGUGUUUUCAUUUUUUAAAUUAACCAUUCCUUCAUUAUAAAGGGAUUAGGGAGCCUUUCAGCACUUAUACCUUGCUAUUCAUACUUUAGACAGCCAGAAAAUAACUUAAGCUUUGGUGGGUCCUGGCCUGGAAAGUGUUAGUUUCUAUUUUAGGUCUAGUUAGAAGAAUUACAAUAAGGUCUGUUAAGUCAACAAGCAUUUGAGUGUAUACUAUGUGAUGGGCACCAUGCUAAUUCUGGAGAAACAAAAUCAUAGUCCCUGACCUCAAGGAACUCAUAUUUUAAUAAGGGAAACAACAAAAUAGCAUAUGCGGUAUAAAUUGAAGGUAAUCAGAAGGAAGACAUGAAAAAAAAUGCCUCAUAAAAGGUAGGAAUGAGUUGAGUUUUGAAGAAGGCCAGGGAAACCAGAAGUGAUCUUUACCAAGUUUCUUUUUUGAUCUAAUGCUUCACCAAUUAUAUUUUGGGGGUAGGUUAUUUCUACACUAAAAGUUAUUCACUUUCUCAAUUUGAAUUGUUAGAAACUGGAAAAAAAUCUCAUAGCCUGAGUGAAAACUUAAAAAACAGGGUUUCCCCAUGCUCAUCUAGUCUUACAUUAAGAACCAUACAUAAUACCACAGCAAAUUUCUCAUUUUCCUACUGUGGAUCUAGAAUUUCUUAUCUUUUGACAUUCAUUAGUUCUUAGUCAAAGCCUUAAAGGGAAAAAAAACAACACUUCUUUUUUAAGCACAUUUUUACUAGGAAUGAAUAUGCUGUGUUUUUCACAAAGUUCAGUCUACUUCUCACCUCUUGGCUAUUUCUCAAACAAUAUUCCAUGUAAUAUAAAUAAUGUCCAUGAAAGAAAAAUGAUGCUAGCAAUACUUUUCCUCUGAAAUAUUAAAUACAAAAUCAUGUAUAAAAUGUUUAGCACUUUUGUAAGAAAAUAAACUGAAUUUACUUUA